ACCACAGCUGCUCCAACAACAACAACAGAAGCAGUAACCACAACCACAGCUGCUCCAACAACAUCCACAGCUGAAGCAACAACAACCACUGUUGCCCCAGCAACCUCAGAAGCAGCAACGACAACCACAGCUGCCCCAACAACCACCACAGAAGCAGCAACGACAACCACAGCUGCAGCAACGACGACCACAGCUGCUCCAACAACAACCACAGAAGAAGCAACGACAACUACAGCUGCAGCAACGACGACAGCUGCUCCAACAACAACCACAGCUGCAGCAACGACAACCACAGCUGCCCCAACAACAACCACAGAAGCAGCAACAACAACCACAGCUGCUCCAACAACAACCACAGAAGCUGCAACGACAACCACAGCUGCUCCAAAAACAUCCACAGCUGAAGCAACGACAACCACUGUUGCCCCAGCAACCACAGAAGCAGCAACGUCAACCACAGCUGCCCCAACAACAACCACAGAAGCAGCAACGACAACUACAGCUGCAGCAACGACAAACACAGCUGCUCCAACAACAACCACAGAAGCAGCAACGACAACCACAGCUGCAGCAACCACAACCACAGCUGCCCCAACAACCACCACAGAAGCAGCAACGACAACCACAGCUGCCCCAACAACAACCACAGAAGCAGCAACGACAACCACAGCUGCUCCAACAACAACCACAGAAGCAGCAACGACAACGACAGAAGCAGCAACGACAACCACAGCUGCAGCAACCACGACCACAGCUGCCCCAACAACCACCACAGAAGCAGCAACGACAACCACAGCUGCAGCAACGACAACCACAGCUACCACAGAAGCAGCAACGACAACCACAGCUGCUCCAACAACAACCACAGAAGAAGCAACGACAACUACAGCUGCAGCAACGACAGCUGCUCCAACAACAACCACAGCUGCAGCAACUACAACCACAGCUGCUCCAACAACAACCACAGAAGCAGUAACCACAACCACAGCUGCUCCAACAACAUCCACAGCUGAAGCAACAACAACCACUGUUGCCCCAGCAACCUCAGAAGCAGCAACGACAACCACAGCUGCCCCAACAACCACCACAGAAGCAGCAACGACAACCACAGCUGCAGCAACGACAACCACAGCUGCUCCAACAACAACCACAGAAGAAGCAACGACAACUACAGCAACGACAACAACAGCUGCCCCAACAACAACCACAGAAGCAGCAACAACAACCACAGCUGCUCCAACAACAACCACAGAAGCAGUAACCACAACCACAGCUGCUCCAACAACAUCCACAGCUGAAGCAACAACAACCACUGUUGCCCCAGCAACCUCAGAAGCAGCAACGACAACCACAGCUGCCCCAACAACCACCACAGAAGCAGCAACGACAACCACAGCUGCAGCAACGACGACCACAGCUGCUCCAACAACAACCACAGAAGAAGCAACGACAACUACAGCUGCAGCAACGACAACGACAGCUGCUCUAACAACAACCACAGCUGCAGCAACGACAACCACAGCUGCCCCAACA